AGACAGAGGCACCUCCUUUAUGUAAUUGAUAUCCUGGGGAAUUAUUGUGUAUAAUAAUCAAGAAAAAUCUUCAUUUCUAAUUCUAUUAUGUGGGAAAAGAACCUUUCUUUUUUCUGCCUGCAUAAAACAAACCCCACUUCCACAUGGAAUAAGCUCCAGACCAUGUUUUCUAUUAUGCUUGAAUAUAUGGGACAUGCAUUGCAAUCCUAUGCUUGCCACACUGCUGCAGUAUACUUGUUUUGCAGAGCUCUGUAGCAGGCUAGUCAAAGCUGUGACUAACCAGAACCUUGGAUACAUACUCUAAUUUCUGGCCUUUAUUUUUAUAAUGAAUUUGAUUUGUUCAUUGACUGUAUAUUUUUUCUGAUUUGUGAGAAGCUUCAUGCUCUGUGUUUGGAUGCUGACUGCAAUACAGCAAUAGUCUUUGAUACGAGUCACAGUGUACACUCUGUGGGGAGCCUGAAGAUUCACAGGAACAACUGAGUGUGAAGCAGGAAUGAAGAGGAAGAGAAUAAAGAUUUGGAUUCUCUAACAGGGCAUGCAUUUCCAGAGCUGCAAGUGUUAUGGGCAUGUUGAGAACUUCCAGAAGCUGGAUUAAAGCAUCUCUUUUACAAUGAUAUCUAAUCUCGUCCUAAAGCUCCAAGCAAUGGCGAGUCCACCAGCUCCCCUGAAGAAGAGGGUGGCGAUCUGCUCAAGUCGGGCUUCAGUUUUCCAGGGACGCCAGAGGAGGAGCUAGACCAGCAGUACUCAUGGUCGCCUUCUCAGCACUUCAAUGAAGAAAGAUACUCUCCUGCUCCGAGGAAUAUGAAAGGAUUAUCUGGUAGUCGCAAUCAACCACAGUUAUGUUCAGCUCAUACUUGUGGCUUAGCAUCCCCUGAAGAUUGUGAACAUACCCACGACCAUAUCCACCAUGGGCAGGAGCCAAGGCAGUCAUAUCUUCUCAGCCCCACGGAGAGUUGCCCGCUGGACCACCAUCGUUGCUCCCCACGCAGCUCCAUUCAUUCUGAGUGCAUGAUGAUGCCCAUGGUAAUGGGCGAUCACAUGUCAAGUAGCACUUUCCCCAGAAUGCACUACAGCUCACAUUACGACUCAAGAGACGACUGCGCCAUGUCUCACGGUAACCCUAAGAUUAACCGUAUUCCUGCAAAUCUUUUGGACCAAUUUGAGAAACAACUUCCUCUUCACCGGGAUGGGUUUCAUACUUUACAGUACCAGCGGACCUCAACAGCUGCGGAACAACGCAGUGAGAGCCCGGGAAGGAUACGCCAUCUCGUUCAUUCUGUCCAGAAACUUUUUACUAAAUCUCAUUCUCUGGAAGGAUCAUCCAAGGGCAAUGUUAAUGGAACCAAGGGAGACAGUCGAGGGGACGAUCAUCAUCAUGGGCACCAUUCCAAGCAUAGCAAAAGGAGUAAAAGUAAGGAGCGAAAACCAGAAGGCAAGCAUAAAUCUGGAAUGAGUAGCUGGUGGAGCUCUGACGAUAAUUUGGACAGCGAUAGCACUUACCGAACCCCUAGUGUGGUAAAUAGGCACCAUGCAGAUCAUAUAUCCCAUUGCUAUCCUGAGGCACUCCAGGGGCAUUUUGGGGAUCUCUCAUUGAAGACUUCCAAAAGUAACAAUGAUGUGAAGUGUUCGGCUUGUGAAGGGCUACCAAUGACCCCUGAUAGUAAAUAUAUGAAAAGGAGUUCUUGGUCCACGCUUACAGUAAGUCAGGCUAAAGAAGCUUAUCGCAAAUCAUCACUGAACUUAGAUAAGCCUCUGGUUCAUCAGGAAAUCAAACCUUCCUUGAGGCCGUGCCAUUACCUUCAGGUACCUCAGGAUGAGUGGGGAGGAUACCCAGCUGGUGGGAAAGAUGAAGAGAUCCCGUGCAGAAGAAUGAGAAGUGGGAGCUAUAUUAAGGCCAUGGGAGAUGAAGAAAGUGGAGAUUCUGAUACUAGCCCCAAGACAUCGCCAAAAUUAACAGUUCGACCAGAGUCAUUAUUAAAAUCCAUUGGGCAAAGACCACUCGGAGAUCAUCAAAAUCAGAGCUACCUUCAAACUGCAAGUGACGUGCCUGGGGGUCACAACCUGGAUCCCUCUGCAAACUACAAUUCCCCAAAGUUUCGCUCAAGGAAUCAGAGCUAUAUGAGAGCAGUGAGCACGCUCAGUCAGGCCAGCUGUGUUAGUCAGAUGAGUGAAGCAGAGGUUAAUGGGCAAUUUGAAUCGGUGUGUGAAUCAGUGUUUAGUGAAGUUGAAGCUCAGGCAAUGGAUGCCCUUGACCUCCCGGGAUGCUUCCGAACAAGAAGCCACAGUUACUUGCGUGCCAUUCAGGCAGGCUAUUCCCAAGAUGAUGAAUGUAUACCUGCGCUGACAUCUUCCAACAUCACCUCAACCAUCAGGUCAACCACAGCUGUAACUUAUACAAGUUACAAAAAAACACCACCACCAGUACCCCCUCGUACCACUUCCAAGCCACUGAUCUCCGUCACGGCACAGAGCAGCACAGAAUCCACCCAGGAUGCCUAUCAUGACAGCCGGACUCAGAGGAUAUCCCCAUGGCCACAGGAUGGGCGAGGGAUGUACAACUCCACCGACAGCUUGGACAGUAACAAGGCCAUGAACCUCGCCCUGGAGACGGCGGCUGCCCAGCGCCACGCGGCCGAGAGCCAGAGCACCUCCAUACGCACCAGUGACAAGGCCAUUCUGGUGACAAAAGCAGAGGAGUUUCUGAAGAGUCGACGUUCCUCUAUAGGGAUCCAGGUGGAAACAGCAACUGAUUCAGACACUGAAAGCAGAGGCCUACGGGAAUACCACUCUGUUGGAAUACAAGUGGAAGAUGAAAAACGGCAUGGACGAUUCAAGCGUUCAAACAGCGUAACAGCAGCCGUCCAGGCUGACCUGGAACUGGAGGGUUUUCCAGGACACAUCACCAUGGAGGAUAAGGGACUUCAAUUUGGCUCAUCAUUCCAGCAGCACUCAGAGCCCAGCACACCCACCCAGUAUAGUGCAGUGAGAACUGUACGGACACAGGGACUGUUCAGCUACAGAGAAGAUUAUAGGACCCCAGUUGACACCUCAAACCUUCCACCACCAGAACCCUGGCUAGAGCCAGCCAUUGAGACAGUAGAGACUGGUCGAAUGUCUCCUUGUCGACGGGAUGGAUCUUGGUUUAUGAAGUUACUACACACUGAAACUAAGAGAAUGGAAGGAUGGUGCAAAGAAAUGGAAAGAGAAGCAGAAGAAAAUGAUCUUUCCGAAGAAAUCCUAGGUAAGAUCCGAAGUGCUGUUGGAAGUGCUCAGCUCCUCAUGUCUCAGAAAUUCCAGCAAUUUUAUUGGCUUUGUCAACAAAAUCUGGACCCGAGUGCCAUGCCGAGACCAACUUCCCAGGACCUUGCAGGUUUCUGGGACUUAUUGCAGCUCUCAAUUGAAGAUGUCAGCAUGAAGUUUGAUGAACUGCACCAGUUGAAACUCAAUGAAUGGAAAAUAAUAGAAUCACCUGAAAGGAAGCCAACGGGUUGGUGGAUGGAAGAAAGAAAGAUUCCUCCUCCUGUACCAAAGAAGCCCCCAAAAGGAAAAUUCCCUAUCACAAGAGAAAAAUCUCUGGACCUACCUGACAGACAACGACAAGAGGCUAGAAGACGGCUGAUGGCUGCCAAGCGAGCAGCCUCCUUCCGGCAGAAUUCAGCCACAGAGCGUGCAGACAGCAUUGAGAUCUAUAUCCCAGAGGCUCAAACCCGGCUUUAAAGACAGAAUGCUGCAGAGUUCCUUUUUUAAACAAAAUGCUUGUACAGUUUGUCACUUACCUGGUAAUUUUUGUCUCAUUCUCUCCACUGAAUAUGCCCUUGCUGUUGUGUUCUUUGUGCCAUAAGCACAGUGGAAUGCUUUUGAUUUCCUCAGAAUUUGCUGAGCUCACCGCAAGAAUGACUUCUUUUUGUAUUUAUUGUCUGACUUACAAUCAGCUACAAUGGAUAGGGCUUGUCAAGACCUGACUUAUCCAAUAUAUUCUCAGAGGACAACAAGAAACACCUCUUGAGAUGGAACCCAGCUUACUUUUUGUUAUUUAUAUUUUUAUAAAAAGUGUGAUAAUUAGGGAUAAGAAUAACAAACUAUAAAUGGGUGCAUCUCACCAUUCACUAGAGGCAUUAGCUAAUCCAAGUAGAAGGUGCUACAAAUGUAAAGAGCAGGAAAGAAAGAACCCAUUUAUCUCCUUGACCUCCAGUUUCUUUUCCUAGAAUCCAGCUAACAUAUUUACCCAUGCGCUCUGCCACUCUUCUCAUCUUUGCUACUGCAAAAUAACACUAGGCCUCUCAUCUCAUUCGAGUUUCUGGAGAUGAACAGGGAUAUCCAGCCACUAGAACUCCAAAGUUCAUCAGAAACCAAGAAGCAUACAAGUCUGGUGAUGGUGGGAAUGUCCACUAAGAAACGUUUGCUGUUAGCAGUAUAAUGACACUCUGAAACCUAAGCAAAAUUGUAAUGCAAGAGGACUUGAGUGAUGGGUGAAAGGAAAACGGAAGCCUUAAAAAGUUAGAUCUUCUGUAGUAAGACGAGUAAAGAAAAAGUUAUACUUGCUCCUUUGGACCACUCAUUGCAUUUUUAACACUUCUUUUACAUGUUAACAUUUAUUUUAUAAACCUUCUCUCUUUCAUUUCAAGAGCUGCGCUACAUGUACUAUUUCAAACUCUCAAAUUGUUAGAACAAUUGAGUUUCCAGGGUAUCCUUGAGAACAAAAAAAUCUUGCUUGUUUAAAAUGCCAGUUGUGAUGUUGUAAACAGUUUAAGAAAUAUGAAUGUGAGUGGUAAGUAUAUAUAAGUUUAAAUGGUUAUGUUAAGGUAAAGGUGAACUGUGGUUUACAGUUGUAUUUUUUUUUUUUAGAACUAUUUUUCUAUGCAGUAUCAUUUAUGGCAAGAAUAAGGUUCUUGCUUGCUUCAGACAGAAAAAACCAUGACUCAAGAGAUAAGUGGUUUCCAGCCAUGGAAUAUAAGGAAAAUAAUAUAUUUUCAAGCCUCACAUUGUCAGAAGAGAGAAGUGGUAGCUACCACAGUUAAGAGGCUUUCACUUAAAACAAAUUAACACAGAAUUAUUCCACUUCACCUACCUUCCAGGGCCAACCAAGCAAUCCAGCCCUUAGAAGUCUUCAGGUGAAGACGCAAUAAAAUGAGUAACCUGCAGCCCCCAAUUCCAAGGUUUGAAUCCUACUGAACACAAGUUUAGGUCAAAACAGUGAGAAUCACGUGAGAAAGACAGCCCCAGUUAUCGCAUUCCCUGUUUACCUGCUUUAACAAAUGCAAUGUAUUUAGCCAUAGGCAGAACAACUAUUUAAUUAUACUCGAGCACUUUGGUUCUUCACCUGUUGAGCACUUUAAAUCCAAACCCCACACACCCUGCGGCCUGAUGGAUGACUGAAAACAUGAAGUACCGUAGGUUAUGCAGAUCUGACAUUGCUUCAAAUCUGUUUUCUUUUGUUUGUUUGUUUGUUUCCUUCUCUUUUUCCUACAGCGUGUGGUAUUAAGCAUGAGUUCUGUCUUUGGACAGCUGAUAAAGCAUGCUUGGCUUCAAGGUACAUAUCUUUAGAGAUGAAGUUUUGAGAAGUUUCUGUGAGAAGACACCCCUGUAAAUUGAGCCUGGUAUCUGGUAUAUACUUUACCAAAUAGCCUUAAACUAUAUUUGAAGCAAAAACCAAGACGAAUGUAUAUCCUUGAAGAAUGCAAAAAAAAAAAAAAAAAAAAAGAAAAAAAAAGGAAUAAAAAAGAAUAAAUCCCUGAAAUAUUCUUCUAUAGAUGAAAACAUAUUUCCCAUCCCUUGUGUUUUCAAGGCAUUUUCUAUUAAGAAAAGAGUUAAUCCUAGGUAGUGUACAAUAUUGAUGCUACUUCCUAUAUUUGUUGUACUAUUUUAAAUACAAAAGUACAUGCAAACAUUGGCAUCUUUAGUCUUGAAAACUGAUAUCUUAAAGUGAAGCUGCUAAUUAGAAUAUCCACACAAAACCAAAGCCAGUAUUUUUGCUAGAUUGAAGAAAUUUGAAAUAGAGACACACACACCUGUACACAUAUAUACAUAUGGCAGCUGAUACAUUUUAUCUGAUUUCCUGUACACUUCCAGGAGGAAUCACACUUGCCUUACUCGCUUGAACCCUCCUGCCUGCAGCAACAGGUCAUGCGAUUAAGACAAGUUGUACCUGAUCCUGCCAGGAAUCAGACUUCAUGAAGAGAAAUUAUAAACCCAACAGAUUACAGAUAAACUGAGAUCCCAGCUGGCCUAAUAAUGCUGACUUGGAGGAGUCUGUGUUCUACAUUUCCUAUGCCAUUAUAAGAAAAUGCUCAAUAGAAGAUUUAUAAAUCUAUUAUUUCUGCUCAUUCCAUCUUGUUCAAACAAACAAAAAAGCCAAAAAAAAACCCUACUAAAAAAAAUCAUAAAAAAUCAAAAGUAAACUAGAUGCCUACCAACAAAUCUGACAAUAUAUUAUCAUCGGUGCACAUUAUAUUUUGAAGUGCAAUAUAUUAAAUUAUUGUACCGGUAACAUGAUAUCUUUUAAGGCAAGUAAGCCAUUUAAAUUUACAUAUUGUACAUCUGGUUAGUUUAGAAAGAUAACAUUAUGCUUACCAUAUUUGUGUCGCAAAUAAAUCAAAUUCAGAUUGCCUCAGUCUCUGACAUGAGAAACCCUGUAUCUUAAUAAACAUAAAACCAGAUCAAUUGUAAUCUGACCCCACAUCACAAAAAUAAAAGUCAGUUAAAAAACCAACAUAGGAGGAACAUAAAUAAACAUAAAGAUAGGAACUAGAAUGCUUUCUCCUUUGAGAGUUCAUGGUAUAGACCCACUCAGAACAGCUGAAUAUAGCAAAAUGGUCUAGUGUUUAAUUAAAUAUUAACUGGACUAAUAUGUAUUUUAACACAUUAAAAUUAUAGAAAGUCUCUGUUCAUUUAGUCAUUGCCUGUAAAACACAAGUAUAAUAAACAGAAUUCAGAAAAUUUAAAUAAGGAAAAAGGCCUGAAUGGUGAAAUUGUUGAUAUUUGCCAUACUUAUUUUUGCUUUGUAUGUCUUUUUAGAUUCGAAAUUCUUUGUAAUUUGGUGAAGUACAUUAUGAAGUGUUUUAUUAUUUCAUGUCCACCUGAUUAGAAUGGCCUUUGGCAGAAUGCAAACAUGAACAACAUUGUACAGUUUAAUACCAAAAAACGAUAUUUUAAUUCAUGCUUAAACCUUGACACUAUAUUAGAUUUGAGAUCAAUCAGGAAGGAAUUAAAGCGUGCAUAGGAAAGUGUGUGAAUUUCAUAUAUAUAGAUAGAUAGAACAUAUAAUUCAUAUAAUGGAAAUUAUUUGUUUUAAAAUAAGCCCAUGUCCUGCUGUAUCAGUAAAUUAGUACUCUACUUCCUCAGCACUGCAUCUAGUAUAUAGUCAAGGUAUGUUUGGUCAUUGGGUGAUAUUGCAAGUAACUGCUACGUGAUGGAGUGUCACACGUGGCCCGGUGUGUCACACGGGGCUCGCAGCCUCCUCGUGGCCUGCAGAAGCAGUGCCCUUGAGAGUUCCUGGCCCCAUGGCACCUCAGGCAGUGCCACCAUUCUGUCCCAGGCCCUCUCCAUGCAGGUCCCCCCCGGCCCCUUGCCCAGAGCAGCAGGCCUCCACAUCAGCCCAGCUCAGCCUUCUGCACUCAAAGCCUUGAGCCUGCCCUGCCCAGUUGGUGGGUUUGAUGUACUCCUCAGCAUUUCAGUGUUGGCACCAGUGGCAGGGGCACACCAGAGGCUGACCCAUCAAGUGCUGGUUUGUGCAUGCUGAUUUGAGGUCUGAAGCUGGUUUGGUAGCUCCAGGUGUCAAACUGUGUGCACUGAAAACCUGUGAAACCAGAGCCUCAGUGUAAGAGAGCUUAAAAGAAUCAUGAAGCAACCUUACUCCCAUUACUGUUCCUAGAGCAUCUUAUGAUGCAGGGAUACCACCCGCCCACUGCGCUCGAGGUGAGGAAUAUCAACAGACUCCUUAAUGUCUAGAGAGGUGCUUCCUGGUGUAUGACAGGUUGACACCCACACUUAUACAGUGCCUUUCAUCCAGAAGGAUCUCCAAGCACUUUAUUAGCCAACACACAAACUCCAGGCUGGGCUGCAGCUGGGACAGGUAACCCAGCAUGGCAGGAUGUGGGCGGUUCUCCCACCUGUGCCCAUGCUGCUGGGGAGUUUCCUUCCACAGCACCCUUCCAGCAUCUGGGACCUCACAGUCUGAGCCUGUGCUGAAGGAGAUGCAAAGACUUGCUGAACCAGGAGGAAGACCAGAGCAAAGCAGAGAUGAGGGCAAUCAGUGCUCACACCAUCCCUCCAGGGAGUAGGCAGGGAGUGAUGAGCAUCAAAUUAACCUUUCAGAACAAUCUCUGCCUUUUCUGCUCCUGACGAUGGCAGUGAGGUCCCUGCAGUGGAAGAGCUCCCUGGGAGGGUGCCAGAGGAGACUCCUGGCUGGUGCCAGGCAUGGGAACUGAUGGCACCUACAGCUGAGCCCUCUUGGUCAGGAAUCUUGGCAAGUCUCCCCUUUGCAAGUGCAUUUUCCCCCGCUUUCUUAGCGGGAGAGAUCCAUCCGGGGUACUUGCUGCACGAGCAGCCUUCCCAAGCGCCCUGUUCUCUCCCCUAGUCUGCCCUCCAGCCCAACUAACAUGAGGGAUGACAUGGGGCACAGGACUUAGGCAUGAUGAUUGUGCUUUGGUUUGGGCAGCUGCUCUUUAGUGAGACUCAGCCCUAACCGUAAGGGUUCUUUUAUGGCAGAGCAAUGGGGACGCCUCUCUCUGCAUGGACAGGAUCAGCAGAUGAGAGGCCACCAUUUCAUACUGCACAGAACAGAAAGAGGAUAUAUACAUAUAUCUAUAUAUACACAUAAUGAUUUUUCACUGUCAUGGUUCCGGACAACUGGACCCAGGAACCACAGGCAACACUCACAUUCCUGUAGGUUGUGCCACUUUCUUGCAGCUCAUCCUCAUCACUGACAGCUGUGGCAGGUUCACUGCCUACUGCAGCCCCAUGGCCCAUCAGCAGCUAUUCACCAUGUUCACCUCCAGGGACCAUCUUUCAGGAACAGAUGUUUUAUGGCAUACUCAUAUGCAUACACAGUCCUGUCAGGAAUUAAGCCCUCUGUAUCCACAGAAAUUGCUUAAUUUAUCUCUGAGAUGCAGAUACCUCUAUGGCAUUAUGCUGUAGCUAUUUAACUACAUAAUAGGCUGUUCGGAACAGCAAAUAUAAAACCAAAAUUGAAAUGGAACAUUGCCCAAAAGAAAAUUUGGCAAGCAAAUGUAGGCUGAUUCAGCUCCUCUUAAUGAAAUAAAAUUCCAAUAGCUGAAAGAGGCCAUGGCAUUCAUUACUGAAUAUCUUUUCCAACAUAAACAAUUCUAUGAUUCUGUAUCUAAAAACAGUAUUCCAGAUCUUUUCUCAUAUGCAUAUUGCAUUUCAUAAAAGAUGAUCGCAGAAGAAGACUGCAAGUUCACUGCUCUACCUUUCCACACCCAGCUUUUCUCCCAUUACCCUUCAUUGCCAGAAGAGAACCAGGUUUUUGAAGUCAGAUUGUAGUUAAGGUAAAUUAGUCUGUCUACAUGGCUUGCUCUUUAACUGAGGAAACACCGAACAGUUUUCAUCAGCUGGCAAUUUAAUUCUAUAUUUUAUUAAGGCCAAAAUGUUAUUUUUCUAAAUUGGUUUUGUUGGACAGGAUUUUUUACUUCUCUAGGUACAAAACCAUGAAUAUUUUCACCUAAGCAUAAAUGAGGGGGAGGCUUAUUUGAAUAUAUAGUCAUUAUUCAGAAACACAGCCCAUUAGUGAGGAAUUUUCUUCUCCUUAUCUUGCCACUCUUUCAUUCAACACACUAUUUCCCCUUCCUAAAGCUUCACUGUCAUACAAGUUUCUUAUUUGUGAGAUGGAUUAUUGCAGAGCUCCAGGCAAAGUUCUUAUCCCGGUUGUAUUAGAAUCAAUGCUCAGAAACCGAAACCAGAGAGAAAUAUCAAAUCUGAAUCAAUAUAAUUCAGAUCAAUAUCUGACUCAGCAAGUCUGAGGUAGGAAGGACUCUCUGUUCAAGGUAGCAAGAGUGCCACUACUUUGUAGGAGCUCAUUUUUCCUUUCAGGUAGGUCAUAGUCAUGCAGAGGGCUCGGUAGUAGGUUCGAGUCUCUGAAGAGAGUCCUCACAAAGAAAUGCCAGCUUUGUUUAUAAUUACCCAUGGAAUCCACAUGCUCAUAUCCAUGCUUUGAUUUACCCUUUGGAGGUUUAAUAGUAUGGCCAUCUCAUUUUAAAAGGGCUCAGCAUGUAUGUAUUAUUUAGUUCAAUUUAUAUAUUAAUUUCCUGACUGAAAUAAAAUUCCCUUUCAAGUAGCCUGGCUUAUAUGCUCUAGAACUGUUCUUUCCUGAAGAAAAGCCACUAUGACUGUGCAGGAUUUUCUGUACAGAG